AUGACAGAGCCAAACCAGACUGUGUUGACCUAUUUCAUCAUUAAGGGGAUCUCGGAUAUACCUCAGCUCCAGGUUCUGAUCUUCCUUUUGGUUCUGCUGAUUUAUCUCAUCACACUUGGUGGUAACACAGCCAUUCUUCUGCUCGUCUGCUGGGAUUCACAUCUUCACACUCCUAUGUACUUUUUCCUAUGUAACCUCUCCGUCCUUGACGUGUCUGCCAUUAACGUCACUCUUCAUAAGAUCUUUGCUAUAUUUAUAUCGGGCGAUAAAACAGUUUCCUUCUUGGCUUGCAUGGUCCAGGUGUGUAUAUUUUUAUGGUUGUCUGGAAACGAGUUGCUGUUACUGACAGCGAUGAGUUAUGAUCGGUACGUGGCCAUCUGUGACCCACUGAGAUAUCGUACGGUUAUGAACCUUAAAGUUUGUUGUCUAUUGGCCUUGUUCUGUUGGUUGUGGAGUCUCGUGCAGAUUCUUCCACCUGUUUUCAUACUAGCAAGCUUUUCCUGUUACUCGUCAAUUGAAAUCAAUCACUUCUUUUGUGACAUUGCUCCAUUAAUGAAACUUUCCUGCAGUGAUACCUCCAGUUUAGAGCUGGUGAUAUUGACAGAAGGUGUCCUCCUAUCAACUUUCACUCCUUUUGUUCUCACGUUCACCUCCUAUGUUUUCAUUAUUAUCACCAUUAUGAGAAUAAAGACCAACACUGGGAGACGCAAAGCCUUCUACACAUGCUCUUCGCACCUUACAAUUGUCAUCAUUCUGUACGUUAUUCUUGUUUGUCAGUACAUGGUACCAACAUCAGCAAGCAUGUUGAACUAUAAUAAGCUUUUCUCUAUGUUUAACACAGCUGCCGUUCCCAUGCUAAACCCACUGAUUUAUAGCUUAAAAAAUAAAGAUGUACAGGCCUCUGCCAGACGUAUGCUGAGAUAUUGUCAUGUGGCUCUAAUGUAUUGA